GCUCAGACAUAGGGACUGAAAAAGGCAAUGCCAACUCAGUAGGCCCCACCUUCCAUAUUUAAACCUGUUACCAAACAGGUGUCUUUUCACACUAGCGGCUAUAUAUAUAUGUUCAUCUCUCUGUAGAACUCUUAUCACAGUAUAACAGUUUCCUUGUGCCUCAAGCAACAACUCCAUAGCCAAAGCUAGCACUCCAUUUUUUAACGUUCUCACACUGAUACAGAUUGUACCUUCAAGUUUCCAAAUUCGCCGCCAAGGAAAAUCCUCAUACACACCAAUUAACUGCAGUAUUCCAAGCUAUAUAUCAUGCAAACAAAAUCGUCUGUAGGUUCUGAUCAUCCACAGAGCCAGAAGUCUUCGUGUCAAGUGUUUUCACAGCAUCCUCAUCUGGUUUUGAAUCAUCCUAAUCUGGUUUUGAAUCAACCACAACAAACACAACAUGCUCCUGUUAAUAAAUCACAGCCAUCAUUGGCAUCACAUCAGCAACAACAGUUAAAGAACUCAAAUCUGGCUGCUACUAGUAUAGCACAGAAUCAGCAAAACAAUCAGUCAAACACACAUCAGCAGCAGUUGUCUCGACAAAGUAAUUUCCCUUCACUACAGCCGUGCCAGCAGCUACGUGCGAAACAAUGUGGUAACUCUAGUAUGCUGCAAACUAUGGAUGCAAUGGAGAGGCAAACACAGCAGACAGAUUCGGCUUUAGUGCUGACUCAAGGGCAACAAUCAGAACCAAAGCUUCCACAGAGGCAACUGAUAUCUCAAUCACAGCAAAAACAGAUGCAACAACCUCCAAAUCCAUCACAAGUUAUGAUGGGAAAUUUUCAGACAUUGGGAGCAAUAUAUUCGACAUCUGGGAAAAGGUUUGCAAAUAUAAGUGAUUUGCAAGAGGACACUUAUCAGAGGGUUGAACAGUUAAGGAGCAGGUUUUUGAAACAACUUAAUGGUUGGCAGCAAUUGUUAACUAAAAGACUCCAGCAGCAUGCUUCUGUUCCUCAACAGCCAAAGACGGGCCAAACAGAGAAAAUUAAGACUACAUUGUCCAUGUUGGAUCAAAUUAUAUGCUUCCUAAAUGUGCCCAAAAACAAGAUCACAUCUGCUUAUGAGAGGCAGAUCGAUAAAGCUGAGAAGAGGAUACUUUGUGUCCUUCACUCACUUAGAGAGAAGUCUGUUUCUUCAAUGCAGCAGGGAAAAAGUCAUCCUAACCUGCAUUCUGUGCAGCAUUUGGCACAGCCACAAUCUCGGACACUUCAAGUACAUCAACAUGAAGAUCGAAAGACACCCCAACUACAAUCUACUAAGCCACAGAGUUUUCUAACAGCAAUGCAGCAGGACAACUUAACAGGCUUGCAACAGGAUUCAAAGUCUUCUUUGUCAGAUCCUGCAACUUUGCAGCAAAACAUGAUGAAUUCACAAGGGCUUUUGAUAAUUUCACAAGAAGAAGAUACGGUGAAAUCAAUGCAGCACGUUGCCAAGGGAUCUUUGCAGUGUCCUGCGAGCACUCUCCCACAAUUAAAUGUGAACAGCUUUUUGUCGAGAAGGCAAAUGAAUGAACCACAGUCAAAUGUGAUUCCUCUUGAAUCAAGUUCUAAUACACCUAAGAACAUGCAUCCGAAACAAAAGUGGGAACAUCAGGAUGUACCGACUCAAAUGCCUAAGCAAGAAUAUCAAAAGCACAAAAUGCAGAAGCAAUUGGUACAACAGAAUCAACAAAUAUUGCAACAGCAGCAAAAGCAGGUUACAGAGCUGCUGGCUCAUGAGAAACAACAGCAUCAGUUGAAUGACAUAAAUCACUUGAAAGUAAGAUUAGGGAUGGGUGUUGAGAAACCACAGCAUCAGGAAAUUGCAGUAAAGGACACAAGAGCUAAACGAGGGAUUAGUGAUAAAUCAGGACUUCUUUUGCAACAUCCAUCAGGUGGUCAAAGUUCAAUGUAUAUUUCUCAGCAUUCAAAUUCUGGAGCUUCAUUUCCUACUUCUUCGCCCAAAGUCUCCUGUCCCCAACUAGCUCAGAAAUCUCCUCAUAUUGAUGUGCAAAAUUUGACAACACCUCUUACAGGAGUUGAAACUCCUUUCCAUGUUGCAAAUUCUACCUCUGCCAGUGUCAUACCUUCUUCUUCCUUGAAUCGACUUGGACACAGACCUGGUUCAAUUGAACCAGGCACAUCACUUGUUGUAUGCACUCCUGAGAUGUCAGCCUCACCAUUGCUUGAGAAGUCCAAUAAUCUGGAUGGCAUAAAUUAUAAAAUGUCUAAAAUCAAUUCUGCUGAGCCAAGUGUUGCUGAGCAGCCUAUUCAGCGCUUAAUUAAUUUGGUGAACUUGAUCUCAUCUAAAGCCUUAAGUGCUUCCGUUAGUGAAAUUGGAGCAGUAGUGUGUAUGACCGACCAGAUAUCAAGUUCACCACCAGCUAAUGGAACAAGGAAAAUGAAGCGCUGCACAAAUGCUAUGCCCAUAAAUGAUAGCUUCGAACAAUGGAUUGAUAUGGAGAAACCUGAGUUGGAGUCAUCUGUAACAUCUAGUACUAAAAGGCCUAGGAUUGAGGCUAAGCAUGCUCUGUUUGAAGAAAUUAAGGGGAUAAACCAGCAACUGAUAGACACUGUGGUAGUUCUUGGUGAUGAAGAUACCAUCCCAACUGCAGCUGCAACUGCUGCUAGUGAAGGUACCAUCGUCAAGUGCUCCUUCAGUGCUGUGUCUUUCAGUCCAAACUAUAAGCCACAGCAGCUUUCAACUCAGAUGUCACCAAUUGAGCCCUUAAGAUUGCUUGUUCCUACAAAUUAUCCAUAUACUUCUCCAAUAUUCCUAGACGAAAUGCCAGUGGAAGCUAGAGAAGACCAUGAGGAUCUUUCAGUAAAGGUGAAGUCAAGGCUCAAGGUGUCCCUCCGAAGCCUGCUAAAACCCUGGUCGCUUGGGGAGAUAGCUAUGACGUGGGAUUUUUGUGUUAGAGCAGUUAUCUCUGAGCAUGCCCAGCAGAAUGGUGGAGGGAACUUCAGCUCAAAAUUCGGAACUUGGGAGAAGUUUCUCAGUGCUGCUUGAAUCAUUUGCAUUUGCAUAUAAUCUAUUUGUAUGAUUACUCUCGAUAGGCACUGAGGCAGGUUCAGCCAGAGUUGAUGAAAUUAAGUAUUGUCUGCUAAUUGUAUCAGUUGGGAUGCUUGUAAAGAUUUGUUUAUAUGUUGAUUUAUUAUUGUUUUUGUAA